GCUGGCUGGCCGCUCUGCUCUUCUUCUUCUCUGGUUCCGUCGUCGUCGCUGUUUGUUCUGGAUCCAGUGAAGACCCGGAUCCAGUGAAGACCCGGAAUACAAGUCCCGCUGGUCCCAGUUCAGCUCCGUUACCACCAGUUUGACUCCUGACGACACGAACUACGUCACAUCUCGUCAUGGAUCCUGCGAGUCAAGAUAUCAACCUGAACUCUCCUAACAAGGGCCUGGAAGUGGAUCACGUAGACGCUGGGCCAGACGUGGUGGUGGAGGGGGGGGCGGUGGCCAACUCUCUCAACCCUCUCCCCCCCGGCCUGACGGAGGAGGAGGCGGAGGAGCUCCGCUCUGAGCUCACCAAGGUGGAGGAGGAGAUCAACACCCUCCGUCAGGUCCUAUCAGCCAAAGAGAGACACGCGGCCGAGCUGAAGAGGAAGCUGGGCCUCAGCCCGCUCAACGAGCUCAAGCAGAACCUCAGCAAGGGCUGGCAGGAUGUGCAGACCUCCAACGCAUAUCUGUCCGCCUCGGCCACCCUGGAUGACAUCACCCACUCUGAAGCAUACAAGAAGACUCAGGAGACUCUUUCCCAGGCAGGACAGAAGACCAGUGCAGCCAUCAGCACAGUGGGCGUGGCCAUCAGCAGGAGGCUCGGCGAUAUGAGGAACUCUGCGACCUUCAAGUCGUUUGAGGACAAAAUGGGGAACCUGAAGUACAAGGUCGUCGGCGCCCGAGGGAACGGGGACGCCAUCGGCUCCCCCCCCGACACCACGCCCACUCAGGAGAACCCGCCUUUCUGAACGCACCCCGCCUCUUCCACUUCCUGUUCCUCCUCCUCCCCCCCCCCCCUAGCUGCCACCUUCCUUCAUGACCUGAGACUGUACUGUUAUCACCUCACACGUCAGGGUCCGCCCUGACCUUUGACCCUCCACCUCACCGCCUCACCUCCACUCACUCGCCCCAAAGCGCCGAGCGGCGGAGGCGGCGGCCUUGUGAAUUUGAGGUCGGAGGUCAACCUUCACUCCUCUGCAUCGCUGCGGAAAAAAUAAAUUGUUGAUCUCUCGACCGGAAUAAUUUACAGACUCGUCGCCUUUAGUCACAUGAUCACUUC